UCAUUCGAGGCAGAGAGAGGGAGUCAUGAGCGUCCGUGCCGUAAGGAUGCAGAAAACACGCUCCGUGCAUUGUUCAGCGUAACGGAGAGGUGGACUAAGUGUCAUUGGCUAGUUUGUUUUCUUUUUUCCUGCUUUUUGCCUCUCGGGCUCCACUCAUUUGCGCGUGCCGCUCCCUGGCUCUUUGGCUGAGAAGCGCUGGCUGAACGCAAGCUUGCGCUGACAGAGUACCUGCUGCCUGGGGGAUUUUCUGACAUGAAUAGCGGCGAUCAGAGUAUGUGUUUUGGCUGGCAGUGAACACUUCCUCUGAGGCACAGCUGGAGCGAGUUGAAGCCCAGGACACGAGGAGGUACACCAGAAGAGGUAUGGAUGCUUGAGAGAGCUAAACGGAGAGAGAAAGAGCUUCUGACUCCAGUGAAAAGAAAUGAGAACAGAAGAGCCACUUUUUCCAGAGCGACAAACAACUUGGCUGAGCUUGUCUUGUCUCAGGAGUUAUCCGCUGAAAAGGACUGAGGACUAACAGUACAGUUGCGCGUACCGUUGCAAUCUCAGCUGUUCCUCGUAUCUUGUUUCCGGCUGCCCGGAUCAAGGAGUGCGCCUCUACGCUGACAGGAGCAUCUGGGGGAAGAGUACUCGCCAGACAGCACAACUUUUGACUGUACGCUUCAUCCGAAAAAGAGAGGAGGUCACCACAGAGGACUGGUGUUGAAGGAUAAGAGGGGGGGUUGAGGAAAAAGACCCUGCUGCUCUCCGGGGCAUAUGGUCGAGCUUGCCAAAGACAGCUGCUGACUCUCUGUGGGCUAAUUAUUCAUUCAUUCAGGAGCUUCAGCCUGGGGCGGGGGGAGAAAAGUUUCGACUUUUACGACCGAAGACGAGCCUAGUGUUGCAGUUCUCCGGAGGAUCUGGGAAGGGGUCAAUCUCCAGAAGUUUGUGUACUAAUGACUCCAAUUCCAGCUUGUGGGCAACUGAGCGUUUCCCAGGACAGACGGCUAGCAUGAUGCCUAGCCACACCCGCAGUGCAUCCUGACACAUGCCACAGCGAGAGCAGCCUGGCAUCUUCAUGCCGCUGUCGGGCACAGACAGGUGGCAGCACAUCCUGAAAGAAGAGAAUUCACUGUGCCAUAAAAAAUUACAAGCACCCCUUAAGACAAAUCAAGAGCCAAUUCAUUACUAAUUCACCAAGCCGUGGAGUUCUGCGCUUGCGGAUUUAAAGUACAAAGUGCAGUGGGGAUUGUUUGCACUCACUUGUCCGGGUUGCCAAUCUAGGCCAGGGGUCCAGUGGAGUUUUUGUCAGAUAGACUGGAAAGAAUUUGCGCUCUAACCUUUCAUGACAAACCACCCCUGUGCUUGGGAGAGAAAUGGAGCGAUUGCCGGAGGGUGGAAGACUGUAGGACCUGUACCUUUUCCAAAUGGCUGUAAUUUGGGAACAAAAUGCGUUGCUUGGAGACUUGCGAAAGUAUUUGUCUACGUUUUUCCGGAAGGAACUGUGAUAAGAAGUGCCACUGGAGUUUAAGCUGAAGCCAUUUUUGGAAUUCUUUUGUAUAUCCUUCUUCUCUGUGUCUGUUUGGAACGCUUGCCAACUUGGCGUACUUUAGGGACGGCGCGGAGUGGAGUAUGACCAGUUGUCAGUACCCCACGCCGCCCCCGGAGCGGGACCGCAUGUACCAGCACAAAGUGUCGCUGGUCGUGCGGUACUUCAUGAUACCUUGCAACAUCUGUCUCAUACUGCUGGCCACUUCCACGCUCGGCUUCGCUGUCCUCCUCUUCCUCAAUAACUGUAGGUCACAGUUAGUGAAACAUGACUUGCAGCAUAAACCUGUUCACUUCACACCGGCUCCUCCUCCUGAUGGUUGCAGAGGAAAGCUGUGUGGAUUUGGAGCAGUGUGCGAGAGAGACCCAGCUGACCCCUCUAAAGGAGAGUGUGUUUGUAAGAAGUUUGUAUGCAUGUCUGUGGUGGCGCCGGUUUGCGGAUCCGACUCCUCUACCUAUUCCAAUGAGUGUGAGCUGGAGAAGGCCCAGUGCAAUACGCAGAGACGCAUCAAGGUGAUGCGCAAAGGCCAGUGUGCUCUGAAGGACCCAUGCAGCGAGGUGAGCUGUAGCUUUGGCAGCACCUGCAUUCAGUCAUCUGACGGUCUGUCCGCCAAGUGCAUGUGUCCUCUGAGUUGUGAGAACGUCCCCAAGCACGUGGUGUGUGGCAGCGACGGCCUGGACUACCAAAGCGAAUGUGAGCUCAACAUGAACGCCUGCGAGAAACGGAAGAACAUCCGCGUGCAUCACCAAGGCCGCUGCGAUCCUUGCAGUGACACUAUGAACAGCUUGAGUGUGGCCUGUCGGGUGAACCCUAAGACCUACAAGCAGUUUACCUUCGCCCCAGCCGAUUCCUGCCCGCCUGACAGUACGCCCCUCUGCGCCAGCGACGGCCGCACUUACGAUAGCGUGUGUCAGAUGGAGCGGACGGCCCUACAGAACAACCUGGAGCUCAAGAAGGUUUCUUCAGGCAUCUGCAAGGAGAAAGGGGGCUGCCCGAAUGGCUGUAAAUUCAACGCUGUGUGUUUGCUGGAAAACGGAGAGUUUCGGUGUUCCUGCGACCCUAUACAAUGUGACGGCACGUACAAGCCCCUGUGCGGAAAGGACGGAAAGACAUACCCCAACGACUGCGAGAGAAAACUCGAAGAGUGCCGGACCAAAACAGACAUCCCUGUCAAGGAACAAGGGCCCUGUGAUCUUAACCUGGAGAGCCCCUGCCUGAAGAAGACCUGUGAAUUCGGAGCCGUGUGCGUGGUUAAGAACAACGAGCCAGUUUGCGAAUGCUCAGACGCGUGUCCGCAGGACCAGGACCCUGUUUGCGGCAGUGAUGGGCACACUUACAGCAGCUCAUGCCAAAUGAAGGCCAUGGGAUGUGCCCUUCAGAAACAGAUACAGAUGCAGCACAAAGGACCAUGUGCAGAUGAGUCCUGCACCAACUGCUCGUUUGGCGCGAUCUGCGAUGCUCAAACCGGCCGGUGCGUGUGCCCCAAAGGGUGUUUGGAAACACGGCAGCCCGUGUGCGGCAGCGACGGGAUGACGUAUGACAACGAAUGCAAGCUGAACGUGGAAGCCUGCACUAAGCAGCUGGAGCUCAGAGUGGUGGCCCAUGGAGAAUGCAAAUCCUGUGGCAACACUGUGUGUAGCUGGGGAGCGCGGUGCGUGCAGAACAAGUGUGAGUGUCAGCAGUGCACGGAUCAGCCGGCAAAACCCGUGUGCGGCAGUGACGGCAACACCUACAACAACGACUGUGAGCUGCGGCUGGCCUCCUGCAAGCUCCAGAGGAAGAUUGAGGUGGCCAAACCUGGUGUCUGCGAUGAAGAAUGCGGAUCAGGAGGCUCUGGUUCAGGAUCCGAAACCUGCGAGCAGGACCGUUGUCGACGAUACGGCGGCUCAUGGGAUGACGACAUGGAGGAUGACCGCUGCUUGUGUGAAUUCGCCUGUCAGACAGUGUCACACAACUCAGUGUGUGGCUCAGAUGGGACCACGUACAGAAGCGAGUGUGAGCUGAAGAAGGCCAGGUGCGAGAAGCAAAUGGACUUGCUGCUCCAGAGCCAAGGUCCCUGCAAAACUAUCAUAUCGCCUUCUUCAGAGCUCAUUGCCUCCCAGCACUGUAGCAAAACUGUUUACGGAUGUUGCCAAGACAACAAGACUGCUGCCCUGGGUGUUGGACUGGCUGGGUGUCCUAGUGUGUGUCAGUGUAACCAUUACGGCUCAUACGGAGGCACCUGCGACCCGUCCACCGGCCAGUGCUCCUGUAAACCCGGCGUCGGGGGACCCAAGUGCGACCGCUGCGAGCCCGGAUUCUGGAACUUCCGAGGCAUCGUUACAGAGAACAUGAGUGGCUGCACACCGUGUAACUGUGAUGCAGCGGGUUCGGUUCGUGAUGACUGUGAGCAGAUGUCAGGGCUGUGCUCGUGUAAGCCUGGAGUUAAGGGCAUGAAAUGCAACGUGUGCCCCGACGGCAGUAAGAUGGGAGCCAACGGCUGUGACAAAGGGCCUGAGGCACUCAUGUCCUGUGAUGAGCUUGAGUGCUACUUUGGGGCCUCGUGUGUAGUGUUGAACGGACAGGCUCAUUGUGAGUGCCCGUCACCAGAUUGCGAUGAGAAGAACAAGACCAAGGUAUGUGGUUCUGAUGGGGUCACCUAUGCAGAUCAGUGCCAGUUGAGGACCAUUGCGUGCAGACAAGAUAAGGAGAUCACUGUGGAGCAUUUAGGCCAGUGCAAAGAAUCCAUUGAGCUGACGGCCAAACCCACCCCCUUCCCAACCACCCACCGCACCACCCCUCCCACCGCUCACGUCAAGAUCACCAAACAGAGCCAUGGCCUCACCACCGCCACCACUUCAAGCAUUCCCGAGGAUCUGGACAGGUUCGUGGUGGAGGCACUGCCUCCACCGAAGGUGGUCGAGGCAGGAAAGUACUCCAGCUCUUUCACCACCCACCGCCCCACCACACUCAACAAACCACCCCGCACCCCAUCCCCACCCCUGGACUCCAGCCCUGACUUUGACGAAUCGGGCAGUGGAGAGCCCAGUGGGGACGACGAGAUGGUGAGCGGAAUGGAGGAGAGCGGAGAAGAGCCACUUGGUACAGCAGUAGCAACUACCACUCUUCCCACAGCCGAAGAACGGUCUUCCUGUGACAACACACCUUUCGGCUGCUGUCCCGACGGAAAGACGGCCGCCAUCAGCUCUGAGGGUACAAACUGCCCCUCCACCAUGCGUUUCAGCGGCUUCCUGCACCUGGAUAAGGUAGAGGGUCAGGAGGUCUUCUACACACCGGAGAUGGAGGACCCAAAGUCAGAGCUGUUUGGUGAAACGGCCCGGAGCAUUGAAAGCGCUCUGAAUGAGUUGUUGCGCAAGUCGGAUGUCCAGAAGGACUUUAAGAGUGUCCGUGUGAAGAAUCUGGCCCCCAGCAACUCCAUAAUAGCCUUUAUUGAAGCUCACUUUGACCCAGACACAAGGUUCAGCGUGGAGGAUAUCGAGGGAGCUCUUCUCAAACAGCUCAAGGCAUCUAAAGACACUGGUAUCGUUGUGAAGAAACCUGAGGAAGAGAACAUCCGCAUCACCACCUAUGGUCUUUCAGCUGUUCCUUUCUUCACCACCACGACAACCACCGUGGCGUCUGUCACAACUCCCACCACCACUACGAUGUCUCCCACUUCUGCAUUUACCACGCUCCGCCCGACCACCACCAGACGGCCCUUCACCAGCCGCAGGACCACCACGGCCGCACCAGCAACCACCACUACACCCCAGGCCCCCACAACCACAGUCUCACUGAAGAGCAAACUAAUCAACACCCACAGGCCGUGCGACUCCCAGCCCUGCCGCCAUGGUGGAACCUGCGAGGAGGAAGACAAUGACUUCACCUGCAUCUGUCCUGCAGGAAGAGGAGGAGCCGUCUGUGAGAAAGUUAUAAAGUACUUCAUCCCAUCCUUUGGUGGAAAGUCUUACCUGGCUUUCCGAACCAUGAGGGCCUACCACACUGUGCGCAUCGCCAUGGAGUUCAGGGCUUCGGAAAUGACAGGGAUAUUGCUGUACAAUGGCCAAAAGGGCAAAAAGGACUUCUUGUCUCUAGCACUGGUUCAAGGAUAUGUGGAGCUCAGGUUUAACACUGGUUCUGGGACAGCUUCAGUGAUCAGUACGGUCCAGGUAAAACGGGGUCGCUGGCAUCAGCUCGUAGUGGUGCGUAACAGGCGUAAUGCCAUGCUGAGCGUGGACAAUGAGCCGAGCGUUGAAGGACAAAGUCCCCCAGGAACAGAUGGACUCAACCUGGACACAGACCUUUUCAUCGGAGGAGUGCUUGAAGACAUGAUCCCAGAUGUAAAGGAGAGGACGUCAGUUUCAACAGGCCUGGUGGGCUGUAUCCGCAUGCUGGAUGUCAACAACUUCGUCUAUAACCUGCAAGAGAAUGGCGACAGCGUUCUGUACGGCUCUGCCGUGGGCGAGUGCGGCAACAACCCGUGCUUGCCGAACCCUUGCAAGAACGGAGCAUCCUGCCAGGUCAAAGAAGCAGAGGCGUUCCACUGCAAAUGUGUCAAUGGUUUCUCUGGUGCGACCUGCGCUGACGCCCACAACCCUUGCAACCCCAAUAAAUGCCACCCGUCAUCGCGGUGCCAGGUCCUUCCGGAGGGAGGUUACAAAUGCGAAUGCCCAAUGGGACGUGAAGGCAAGCACUGUGAAAAAGUGUCAGACAAGGAAGGCACUUUCAUUCCUUACUUUACUGGAGAUUCUUUCCUGGAGCUCAAAGGCCUUCAUCUCUACGGCCAAGAUCUGAGGCAAAAGUUCAGCAUGACUGUGGUUCUCUUGGCCAAUGACUCCAAAGGCAUGAUCUUCUACAACGGUCAAAAGACUGACGGCAAAGGAGAUUUCAUCUCUCUCUCCCUGAAUGAUGGUAUCCUGGAGUUUAGAUAUGACCUGGGCAAAGGACCAGCUGUCAUUAGGAGUAAAGAAAAAAUCAAGCUGAACGAAUGGAACACAGUGAAUCUGGAGAGAGCCAACAGAAAAGGAGAGAUCAGCAUUAACGGCAAAGACCCCAUUAGAGGAGAAGCGCCGAAUCAACACACAGAUCUCAAUCUGAAGGAGUCGCUCUAUGUGGGCGGAGCCCCUGAUUUCCGCAAAAUAGCCAGGGCUGCUGCGAUCAAGGAUGGUUUCAAAGGGGCCAUUCAGAAGAUUACUCUGAUGGGAAUUCAAAUCCUAAAAGUUGACAACGCCAGUAACUCCAGUGAUGUAUCCAUGUAUCCCUACCACCCCUGCUCCAAAGACGUUUGUAAAAACGGAGGCCGCUGCAACCCACUGUUGGACAGCUACGAGUGCGUCUGUGGCCAUGGAUUCGCCGGACAGCACUGCCAGGACACAAUAUUCGAGAAAUCUGCUGGGGACACCGAGGCCAUUGCAUUCGAUGGUCAUACAUUCAUCGAAUAUCACAACGGAGUCACUAAGAGUGAGAAGGCCCUGCUGGUGAAUAAAUUUGAACUGAGCAUCAGGACUGAGGCUACUCACGGUCUGAUUUUGUGGAGCGGCAAGGGAGUGGAGCGCUCCGACUACAUCGCCCUUGCUAUCGUGGACGGUCGUGUGCAGAUGACCUAUGACCUCGGCUCCAAGCCUGUGGUGCUGCGCUCCUCUGUACGGGUCAACACCAACCGCUGGAUACGAAUCAAGGCCAGCAGAGCGCUCAGAGAUGGCUCGCUGCAGGUUGGUAAUGAGGCAGCUGUCACUGGGUCAUCACCCUUGGCUGCCACACAGCUGGACACAGACGGCGCUCUCUGGUUGGGUGGUCUGGAGGAGCUGUCCGUAGCUCGUCGGUUGCCCAAGGCUUACAGCACAGGCUUCGUCGGCUGUGUGAAAGACGUGAUAGUCGACGGGGUGGAACUACAUCUGGUGGAGGACGCCUUAAACAGUCCCAAAAUAUUACACUGUUCUGCCAAAUAGUCUGGCAUCACGUUCCUCCCAACACCAUGUCUACUGCUGUAAUUAUUUUUCUAUUUUUUGUAUACUUUUCUUUGCCUUUUAUAUUGGAAAAAUUACAUCGUUUUAAUUAUAAUUUUGUUUUUUGGUUCGUUUUUUCCCCCCGUCAUUGCGUCCAACCAUAAUCCUGUCACCAGUCAGCGAAUAUGGUGUCACAAGACAAGCAAAAAUUCGUAUUACAUCUGUCCUGUUUCUAUGACAAACACCAGAACAUCUACUUGCUCGUUACUUGAACAGUGGCAGAUGAGGUUGUGUCGUCUGGAUUGCCUUCUCUCGGUGCCAUAGCUUGCUGUCCAGCAAUCACCAUACAUUCCUCUGAGCUGUCGCCGUGGUCCAUUACUACAUUUCUAAAGGGUCUAAAAAAAAGACUUUCUGCUUUAUCGACACGACAGCAUCUGUUAAAUACACCGAGCAAGACUAUGUACGAUAUUCUUCAUUUAUGAUACCACUAACAAGGGUGAAAGCUCAACUUGGAGCUUUUGAAUCCUGAACUGAUAGUAGCUGACGUAACAUUUAGCAUUCCUCAAAAUUCACCAUUGUUUUUUUUUUU